AUGAUCUCCCCUCGGAAGCGUCACAAAGUCUCAUCGGCUUGCAAGAGGUGUCGCGAAAGGAAACUCGGCUGUGAUGCCUACAGACCCUGUCAACUCUGUACCCGUGCUGGUGUCGAGUGCAUCCCUCGUGCCGGAGCCAUUGACGCACCCACAGCGGCAGGAAGCGAUGUUGCACGGUCUCACAGUCGCCAUGUUCUUCCACCCCAGCACGAGACCCCCUCGCCGGCUGUCCUCCCCGAAUCUAACAUUGUCGAUCUCAGCACACUUAUCUUUCGAGGCAACGGACCCUCCGUGAACCACGACAGUUCUGCCCUGCCCGGCGGGAGCAAGCUGGACGAGGCUGCCGUGACCGCGGGUGCCAGACAGUGGCGAAACCUGGCCGGAGUGGCACUGCCCUCAGAUGAAGUCCUCGAGGAUCUCGUGGGGCACUUCUUCCUCUCCGUCGACUGGUUCAUGAUGGUCUUUCACGAAGAUGCCUUUAGACGCCGCUUCCGAGACCUGCUGCGUCGGGACCAAAUCGCCUACCGCGACAGCAACUUUCGCUGGCUGUGUCUCCUUGUCGUGGCACUAGGCGCCCAUUAUGCGGCCCCCCAAACUACCCACAGCCUCUAUGGGCAGCUGUCCCGGGAUCUUAUAGCCGUCGUCGAGGCUCGCUUCCUCCAGAUCCUCAAUUGUUCCACGCUCGAGACUGUGCAGAUAUGCAUCUUGCUUGGGAGCUUCUUCCUGUUCAAUGAGAGACCAAAUACGGGCCUCGGAAUAUCGGGGAGCGGCGUCAAGAUCGCCCAGGUCAUCGGUUUGCACCGUGAGAGUCUUUGGAAGGAGACAUCCGAUGUCGUGCGCGAGGAGCGACGACGGACAUGGUGGACGCUGGAAGUGUUCGACAAGUAUGCGGCUGUUUCCUUUGGUCGCCCCUGCAUCAUUGAUGACUCGGAUUGCGAUGUUGGCAUGGUGUCUCACAGGCCCCAGGAAGCAGAAAACCCUCUGCUUCUGUAUCACACGUGGAAGUUCCGCCUGUACAGGAUCAUGGGCGCAUUCCUGGGGCGGCGGGGACGGAGCAAGAGCCUCAACACGGUCCAGAGUAUUCACACCAAGAUGCUGCAGUGGCGCAAUGAGCUGCCACAAGAGCUUCGAUUGGCAAGCUACGCAGCUCAAGAUGAACAGCCUUCGUUAACUCAGUUGCAGGCGCUCAAUCUGCAGCUGACGUAUGAUAACCUACAAAUUAUACUACAUCGCACGGCCGCCUUUGAGAACGAUGGGCAGAUGAACGAGCUGAGGAUGACAGAAGGAGGAAGCACAUCUCUUCAGCAGCUGUUGGACUCAGCCAUGAAUACCUCUGAGCUCUAUCGGUACUCGUCUGCCCUGCAGGCAUCCGGACGCACCCACGCCGCCAUGCACAUUGGCAUCACCCUCUUUACCGCCGGCGUCGUCCUCUGCGCCAUCUGCCUGUCCCGUCCGCUGACAGAUACGGGCAAUCGGGCCAAGACUGGCGUCAUGCACAUCAUACGCAUGUGUCGUAGCGCUGCGGACUCGCCAACCUCCAGCCAGCAUCUGGUCUCCAGACAGAGCCUCGACAUCCUGGACAGUCUGGUCACGGUAGUUUUACGUCGUGAAACGGAGCUCAUCACGGGGAGAAUCAGUCUUCCUGCGAACAAGCCAACCUCUUUUGCUUCCACCCUAGGGACAGGAUCCGCGACUGCGCCAGUCAAUUCAAACCCACAUUCGAUUCCAGACCGAGGCGAAGGCUUGCUCCACCCUAUUCAAGAAGUCUUUACGCAACAUAUCUCUGGACCAGCGAGCCGUCCUCCUUCGCCUGUCCCCGCCCUGCAACAGCUCAGCUUCUCGACGGGAGCGCCUGUUCUCAAUGGUCCUGCCCAGCCGGUCACAACGUUUGACUGGGAUGGCGAUCUUUCGGUCUUGGUGGAUCAGGGGCUUGCUGAUGCGAGUCAAGUCUGGCUGUGGGCAGAUAACCUGGGCUACGAGACGUUUAAUGAUCAAAAUAAUAGAUAG